AGUCGACGAACCAUGUCCUUCGCCACCAAAUUAUUUUAAAUACUCUGAACACGACCAACUAAGGUCUUUCAAGAUGCCAUGGCCAUUUGGUUUAAUUAUUGUCCUUUUUUUUUUUUUAAGAAUAAGUGGAUGCGAAUGUAAAGUUUGAGUGGUUAUGAAGAUACGAGUUCAUCUACCAGCAGCUCCACGAGUUGGAAAAAAUGUACUGUUGAGAAACUGUAAAAUUUAAGAGUUAACGUUUAGGUAAAUUCAUAGACUAUAAAGUCAAAUCUAUUGCGGAUCCUCUACCAGGUACACUAAUACUAUUAGAACGCUGUACGAGAAGAAAACUGUGGUGUGCUGUUUUGUAUUUUAAUGCGGAUCCUCUACCAGUUACACUAUAUUCGCGUAGAAUACUGUACUGUAUGUAAACUGUCAUAGUCAAAAGAGGCUUUGGCCUGGUGGGGUGGUCGGCGAGCCUGUGCGUGAGUGUCUGGUUGUGAGCUGUGGUCGACAACACCUCCCGUUUACGUGUGCUCAUUGUUUUUGUGUUUUGCUGUUCUCCCGGCGUUCGGUAAACGGCUGGAAAGUGCAUCAGCGACUGGCUUUGAUUUUCGUUCAGUACAGUGGUAGCCAGAUUUAUGGAUUUAUUUAAUUCAUUGCGUAACCAUGCUCACUCGUAUUGCAAAUCAACGUUCCCCAUUGAAAUGAAUGGAAAUGCCAUUAAACCGUUUUAGCUUCUCAAAAAACACCAACAUUUUUGUCAUGUGUUUUUAAUUAGAAAAAUAUGGCUAAACUCUAUUGUACUGUAUAAAGAUAGUCAUAAAAUAGGAAAAAAGAAUGUAAAGAAAUAUAUAUUUUUUUCCACUUCACUGUCACCUCCCUUUCAUCAGCUUACCCAUUUUUCCAUGGACAUAGAUGCACAACUUAGUAAUUAUUUUAACACUGUUAGUUGGCGUUACAGCCUUUAUGGCCUCCUUCUGCUUCAGUAUAGUACAUAUUGUAAAAGUAGUGCGCUCGUAGUCAACUAAACACACCUCGCUCAUGUUGUUUAUAUGAUUUCAAGCUUUAAUACAAUGGGCAUGAGCCGCUUCUGUUAAAAAAAUUAAUUUGGCAAAAUACCUGCUCAAAAGAUGAAAAAUGCGAGCACAAAACUUGAACAACUGUACUUUCACUGCGAAGUAAUCCCCGUGAAGUGAUGGUGGCUGGAUCUUGUGAAGUUGCGGAAAAAAUGGACCGAGCGACAGCCUUUAAUGUGAAAAACCUGUCUUGACGUUGGGGCACUCAUAAGUCAAGAGGGUGUGUAAGGAGUUUGUCUACAAGGAUGGAGUCUCCUACCCUGACUGCUGAUGUUCGUCUAGAAGUGUCCCAGUGUUUCCAGAGCCUCACUUUGUCAGCUCCAAAAGAAGAUGCUAUCCGUGCUCUUCAAACCCUCUGCUCUUACUUGGACGAAGCACCUGAGAAUGCGAGCGCUUUGGUCCAAAAGGAGAAUUUCCGCAGGUCUCAUUUCACUCGCACUCUUCAGUUCCUGGUUAAGAACAUUCAAGCCGACUGGCUGCACGACCUGACUGUGGCACAGCGUUCGGAAUUAUGGGAUGGCCUCUUCAUGCGUGGACCUCCUGAACAGGCUCUGCUGGUGCUGAUGGAGGGAAUCGGAGCGUUAAGACCAGGUUCAAAUCUGGACCACUUGGUCAGCAUCACAGAGAGAUUCAUCAAGAGCGGUCGCACGGCUGAACUGCUGUGGUCCUACUGUCCGGCCGCGGGUCCCGCAGACUCCCCCCAGCUCCGAGAGGCCCUCGUGUCACGUAUUGUGGCGCUGCCUGACCUCACUGCCAAUAAACUGCAACACAAAAACAAAUCCUCCUUCCUUCCUCAGCAGUACUAUCCUCUGCUGGCUAAAGAGAUGCUCACCGCCUUGGAGCGGACAUGCAAGGCGCUCAAAGAUGGCACGAGCUGUUCCUUGACUUUUGUGGCUCAGACACUUGGAAAACUCUGUGCCCAAGGACAUGGUGGUUUGUUGCUGGCAGCGAUGACUCCCAAAAUGUCCAGCGCCACACGCACAGACAUGGUGUGGCAGAGGGUUUGCUGGAAGCUGCUGGAAAACGUUCCCCAGCGCUGGAUGGAGAGUGUGCUCACCGGCCUGGUUCAGGCUGUCCGUGGGCCUGAUGCUUUGGGUAGAAUCAUGGGGAAUCUUGUGUUAACAAAUAAGACGGCCCAGUUUGUCAUCACGCAUAAACUGCUGCUGCUGCAAUAUAAAUUUGAGACUCGCACGUUGAGAGUGAUUCUGGGUUACCUCGCUGCAGACAAGGAGAGAAGACCGCUGCUUAUCCAAGUGUUACGGUCGGUGUCCCAAGCAUGGGCCAACCCCAGCGCGGUGAAACACACUCCCCUGGAGCAGCAACUGUACGUCAGCAAGGCCCUGCUGCUGUGUGUCAGUCUGCUGGAGGACGCCGAGCUGCAGGAGCUACGUUCAGAACUGCUGCAGUGCAUGUUGGGAGGCAUGCAGAGCCACCUGGACAGCAGCGUGGUGCGCAUUAGGCAUAUUGGCAUGGUAGUGGGGGAGUGUCUGAGCUCCCGCAUGAAUAUCAACGGAACCAAGCUCCAAUUUGAGUUUGAACAGGAUGAGGAAACUCGAGAGCUGGUUUCUCUCAUGACUCCUAUUAACAUGGACGAAUCAGAACCUGAAUCGGAAGAUGGGGUCAGCCGUCCUCUAGAGAUCAGAGAAACUCCACCAAUUUACAAUGAAUCAUCACCAAAUGAACAAGAAACGAGAUCAUCCAAAAAUGAGCCAGACUCUGACCUGGAUAGUGAUGACGAGUUCACGCCUUAUGACAUGUCUGGAGAUCAGGAAAUAAAUAAAGCUUCACCACCACGCUACCUCCGAGAUUGCCUAGAAAAUUUAAUUUCCUCCGAAGACCCGGAGCGCGUGGAGCUCAGCUUGACGGUUACCGAGAGUCUGGUGAGAAAGAACGUCUUCGCAGCCAAGGAGGUCAGUGUCCAGCUAACCAAAGUUCUGCUUCACAUGGAGGAUAAAUACAACAUAAAUGGCUUCCUGGCUCUCAGGCAGGCCACCAUGGUGGCGAUUGUGGUCACUGACUGCAUCCCGGUGACCGAGUACCUGACUACAGAGUUCUACUCCUUAAACUACAGUCUUCGCCAGCGCUUGGAUAUUUUAGAGGUUCUUGCUGUGGCAGCUCAGGAGCUGUCGUUGCCAACCCCAGGAAACGCGGAUCCGAUUGUCGCCACAGAUGUCACGCCCGACUCGGCUAACAACUCGGCUCACUGGCAGCAGGUUGUUGAGAAGCGCAUUCAGGCAAAGACUAAGCGCAUCAGUAAGGGAGCCGUCCAGCCUCCAGCAAAGGCCGCAGCCAACCGUUACGCACCGGUUGCUGGAUAUUUCUUCUUUCCUCUACUCAGAAAUUAUGACAAGCCUCAGGUGACCUUCGACUUGUUGGGAAGUGACCACCUGGUGUUGGGCAGGUUGAUCCACACCUUGGGCGUCUUCAUGCAUUUGGCAGUGAAUGCACCGGUUGCUGCGCAGAUGGGUCGUGCUCUGCUUGGCUUUGUGUGGACGGUGCGCUACCAUACUGACCAGCUGGUAAGACGAGGCGUCCUCUUUGCCGUCUGCUCUGUGUUUAUGAGCAUGCCCUGUCAAAACUUACUGGUGGACCUUGCAGACCAGCUUUUUGAAACCAGAUCUUGGUUGGCAGAUGUGGCCGAGGGUGACCUGGAUGCAGAUUGCCAGAGUUUGGCCGUGCAGUGUCUGGUGCUGCUGGAUAAGAGCCUGAAGAAACAGCUCCAGAGUCCGCAAGCCCUCAGCAUAGAAUCACGAUGACCGACAACGACAACAACAACAACAAAAACCGCACCGAGUCAAAGAGAACAUUCUGUCCUCACUAGGACUGCAGGUGUUGAUGAUGAUGAUCAAGGAAGCGGAUGACAGCAAAGUCCCUGAGAGCGGGAGGACUUUUUUCCCUUCCUGGAACAUGAGACCAAGAAAAUGAAAAUGAAAGCACGUCUUGUCCCUCGGCUCUGUAUCUGUGUGUAUAUGCCUUAACAGUACACACAAUUUUUACAUCUAAUUUUCGUUCAAACUUCGACUCAUGGUCAAACCAGAUAAAAUGUGGCUAAAAAGGAGAAAUAUUAUUCCAUUUUAUUGGUUAAUAUAGUGUGAAGAGGAUAUCCUUUAUAUAGUAGAGGCAUGUCCUUUUGUCUCUUUCCUGUACAAACAGAUCUCACUAUUGGGGUUGUUUGUUCUCAAAGGACAUCCUGUGAAUAUUUAUGUAAAGAACGAAGUCGUACACACAGUGGAAAAAUAAAUUGCGCUUCCUCCUGUGACAUAAAUGGACGGUUUCACAUGAGAAUGAGUUCUCUAAAAUUCAGUUUCUCGAAGAAACUGCAAAAGAUGACAAUUUGUAGUAUCUAUUUAGAUUUUUGUUUACCCCAACUCAAAUACUUGCAUAUAUUCAUAUACACUAUUUUCUAGGGACUCUGAAUUGUCAUCACUUAACAUUCGUCAUACAUUGAAUGAUGAACAUGCGGUGACCUCAGUUAUUUAUCAUCAAUUGAAAUUUUGACGUAGUAAGUGUUUUUGGAAAAAAUGGUAGACAUACUUCAGAAACAUCACUUGUGCAAUAGUUCAUGUAUUUGCAUUUGGUACACUCUGUCCCAUACAGAGUUCACACACGGUAUUAGGUUUGAAACGGGAAGUAUAGUUCUUCAUGUUGUUGCUACUUUGGUUACUCCAUAAACAACCACAGUGCAGCUCACCCUCUGUCUACUGAUGUCCCUAAUAGCGUAUGCUUUUGGCGCUACGUCGUACUCAUUUGAAUAUCAAUGCAGAUCGAAAGGAAACUAGCGAGGCACUAACAGCGUCUUGCCGAUAUAUUGGUACCUGAGUUUUUCGAGAUAGGAACCAUCACUUAGCCGAUUUUGUUAUUUGAUGUUUUUUUUUUUAUCUUAAGUUGUUAAUUUUCUUACAAGGGCUCGCUAUGGUAUUGGGGAAUUUUACAACAAGGAGCAGUGAAAAUUUCUUCAAAAAAAGAGGCCAAGUGCUUUCUUCAAGUUCUCUCCCAAUUAAACU